AUGAAGUAUCAUACAAAUACAUUCAAAUCGAAAAAGCGAUCACUGUCUUUUCCGUUCAACCACUCCAUCAUCUCAACGACCAAAUCAUCCAUUAUACCAGCACCAUUACCAUCAACAUCAAGGGCAUCUAGCACAUCAGAUGAAAAGUAUAUUACGUUUUUCACGCACAGUGGAUUUCAGAAUCAAUUGAUUCAGGUGGAGAACGGAAUUCUCUUAGCUUGGUAUCUCAAUCGGACACUGAUUUUGCCAAAGGCUUUAUUGGGCGAAGCAUUCGGUUGGAACCAGUUUUCAAAGCUAUAUCAGCAUCAUACGUAUCGUGAUACAACAAACAAUUACUGCAAGCAGUUCAAAAGCAAGAAAGCAAGAAAAUCAGCAUCGUGCCCUGACCCUUCAAAUUAUGCUCUCGCUUCCUUUGAAGACCUGUUUGAUUUAAAUUGGGCAAAGCAACAUGUCAAAAUCAUAGAACGAGAGCAAAGCGACUUUAAUUGGUUGAAAGAUGCAUUGGACAUCGAGACAAACCAGAAAGACAUCCAAACUGGCGUCUAUGUGGAUGGUGAUAUUUUGUUUUACAAAGACGAAACUCGCUAUGAUUGGAGAAUAUACGAUCAACCUGUCAAGAAUCGAUUUCUAGGAAGAUACAACGAUAGUCUCGACAUCACUCAGCUGCAAAACCAUACGCAGAAAUUGAUCCAUUUCACCAGCUUAUUCGGUACUGGCAAAUUUCCUAUCAAGAAGCCAGAAAACAUGGUAUUCUUCGAGCAGCUCAAAAAUAGCAUCAAAUACAAGCAUCCAGCAGUACUCAAAAUGACUGAAAUCGUUGUGGAAUCCUUGGGAGGGGCUGGCAAUUUCGUUGGAGCACAUCUUCGAACGGCAGAUGGGCUUUUCAUUGAUGCGAUACCUGAUAACAUUCAACAUUUAAUAUCCAGUAUCCCUAAUAACGACCAACAAAUACCAAAUAGCGACCAAUUAUCAACUUGUGUAGCACUUGCCAAGCAAAAUCACACAAAGCUUGUAUUUCUGGCCACAGAUGCUGUUCAACCACGAAACAAUGCUAAAUUUCAAAAUCUAUGGCAGCAUUUACCCUGUACAUUUACGUUGGCCGAGAUUCUAAACGACAAGGAUCCUCUAUGGAGUCAUAUGGACCAGUAUAGAACAUCGCACACAGGUCAAAGCAUGAGGAAAUACCUGAUUCCCCUCAUUGAUGCACUUGUGGCUAGCCAAGGCGAGAAAUUUGUUGGCACAAAAGGCUCCACAUUUUCAGGUUAUAUUAAUAGAUUACACGAAUCAUAUUGGAGAGCGUAA